AUGACUGCAUCUCCCCUUCCUCUUCCGGCACCGCCUGCCGCAGCUGUUGAGCCGCCCCAGCCCUCCCUGCCAUGCGCUCUCCCUGGCCUGUCACAUUGGCACCGUACCACUCAUGCCUUCCCCUACCUCAACCACAAUGCUGAGACCCCACUCCCCGCGCGCAGCCCCCUCGUUAUCAUCGGCACCGGUAUUUCUGGCGCUCUGGCCGCUUUCAAGCUCGUCGACGCGGGCGUGCCUCCGGACGAGAUCCUCCUCCUGGAAGCUCGCCAGGCCGUGGGGGGAUCCAGCGGCCGGAACGCUGGUCACGUCCGGCCAGACGCCUUCCGCGGAUUCAGUGGUUACGCCGCAGCCCAUGGCACCGCGCAGGCCCUCAAGAUCUCCGACAACGAGAACGCCGUUCUGAAGGCAUGGGGCUCGUUCAUCGAGCAGCACCAGAUCCCCUGCGAGUUUAGCCUCAAGCAGACCUACGACGUCUGCAUGACCGAGGAAAUUGCGGCAGACGAGGCCCGCAAUGUCCAGGAAUACGUCGCUGCCGGCGGCAGCAUGGACGGAAUCCGGGUCUACGGGGCGGAUGAGGCCGCGCGGACGCUCGGAAUCAAAGAUGCUGUUGCCGCGUACGCGUGGACCGCGGCUUCGAUCCAUCCGGUCAAGCUGGCGCAGUGGCUGCUCGCCCGGGUGGUUGAGCAGGGCGUUCACCUCUGGACGCAUUGCCCUGAGGAGGAGGAGGGGAUCGACACGCCCUGGUGGACUGUGCACACCCCGCGCGGAGAUAUCUCUGCUCAGCGGAUCCUCCACUGCACUAACGCCCAUGCUGGAGUGCUUCUCCCGCAGCUCCCUCUACCGCACAUCACCCCCAUCAGAGUGCAGGUGCAGACGUUUAUCCUGCCAAAUUUCGCGGGUGACCAGGCCCUGAAAUCUACUAUGGCGGUGCGGUUCAACCCACAGCUGUUCUAUGGAUUGUCGCAGGCUCAGAGCGACGGGAAGAUGAUUGUCAGCGUGGGCAAGCCCAGUGGGAUCAGCUUCGAUGACUCGUCCUACAAGCAGGAGCUGAUCGACGAGACGCUCGACACUAUUGACAAGGUUUUUCAUUCGCCGGAAAUGGCCAAGUCCAAGCGCGAGUUCCAGCCCGGGGAGGGUCUCGAUCAUGUCUGGACGGGACUGAUCGCCAUGACCCCCGACAAGGUCCCGUAUGUUGGGGCGAUCGAGGAACUCCCCGGUCAGUUUAUUUGUGCUGGGUUCAAUGGACAUGGGAUGGCGAACAUCUUUACUUGUGUGGAGGGGCUGGUGACGCUGCUGCAGGGGGGAGGCUGGGAGGAGACGAGGCUUCCCGAGUGCUAUCGCUAUGAGAAACGGAGGGCUGCGACUGGGAAGGAACAGUGA